GCAGGACGCAGGACGGUCCGCAAGGGGAGAAGGGACAGAAACCACUUCCAGGCGGCCUGAGAGCGAGGGCUCGGAGCCAGGUUUCAUGGUGCAGAUCAAAGCCUGUCGUGGCAGAAGAGAUUCGGGGCCGAGGUGGCCUCUGCCUUAAAGUGCGGUGACACUUCCCAGAGGAGGCACAUGGACGAGAAGCCGUCCCCCAGGAAAGGCCCGCCGCCCUGCUCCCUGCGCUGCGGCCUGGCCGUGGUCAUGCACCUGACCAACCUCGCCAUGAUCACACAGCGGGUGAGCCUGAGCAUCGCCGUCAUCGCCAUGGUCAACGGCACCGAGCAGCCGGCCGUGGCCAACGCCUCCAAGGACGGGGCUCGUGCAGACGCGCUCCAGGACCCCGGCAGGCCCCUGCAGGAGCUCGGCGCUGGGAGCUCGGUGUACGCAUGGAGCCCCGAGACCCAGGGCAUUAUCUUCAGCUCCAUCAACUACGGGAUAAUCCUGACCCUGGUCCCGAGCGGGUACCUGGCGGGGAUAUUCGGGGCGAAGCGGAUGCUGGGUGCCGGCUUGCUCAUCUCCUCCCUCCUCACCCUCUUCACGCCGUGGGCCGCCGACCUCGGAGUGCCCUUGCUGGUCGUGGUGCGGGCCGUCCAGGGCAUGGCCCAGGGAAUGGCGUGGACGGGUCAGUUUACCAUUUGGGCAAAAUGGGCCCCCCCACUGGAACGCAGCAGGCUCACCAGCAUCGCGGGCUCAGGGGCAGCGUGCGGGUCCUUCAUCAUCCUCUGUGUGGGCGGGCUCAUCUCACAGGCCUUGGGCUGGCCUUGCAUCUUCUACAUCUUCGGCGGCAUCGGCUGUGCGUGCUGUCUCCUGUGGUUCACGGUGAUUUACGACGACCCCGUGCGUCACCCGUGCAUAAGCGUCAGGGAAAAGGAUCACAUCGUGUCCUCGCUGGCGCAGCAGCCCACGUCCCGCCGACGCUCUGUCCCCAUAAGGGCCAUGGUCCGCUGCCUGCCGCUGUGGGCCAUCUUCACGGGGUUCUUCAGCCACUUCUGGCUGUGCACCAUCAUCAUCACGUACCUGCCGACCUACACCCACUCCGUGCUCCACGUCGACGUCAGAGAGAGCGGCGUCCUGUCCUCCCUGCCCUUUGUGGCCGCCUCGACGUGCACGAUUCUGGGGGGUCAGCUGGCCGAUUUCCUCCUGUCCAGGAAUGUCCUCAGGCUGGUCACCGUGCGAAAGCUCUUCUCGUCCCUGGGGUUGCUCCUCCCGUCGCUCUGCGCCGUGGCCCUGCCCUUCGUGGCCUCCAGCUUCGUGACCACCGUCAUCCUGCUGAUACUGAUCCCUGGGACCAGCAACCUGUGUGACGCGGGGUUCAUCGUCAACAGCUUAGACGUCGCCCCCAGGUACGCCAGCCUCCUCAUGGGCGUCUCGCGGGGAUUCGGGCUCGUCGCGGGGAUCAUCUCCUCCACCACCACCGGCUUCCUCAUCAGCCAGGACUCGGUGUCCGGCUGGAGGCACGUCUUCUUCCUGUCGGCCGCCGUCAACGUGCUCGGCCUGCUGUUCUACCUGGCGUUCGCGCAGGCGGAGAUCCAGGACUGGGCCCGAGACAGGAGACUCACCCGCCUCUGAGGACCCGAGCGGCGGCGGGCGGAUGCGGAGCCGGCCGGCCACGUUUCCCCGUUUCUUCACUCGUCUUCCUUCCUUCCUUCCUCGCUUCUCCGCCGUGGACUCAGCGGCUCCUGGCUCCUGACCCAGCUGCGUGUUAGGUUUCCCGGGCGGUCUCCCAGACACACUGAGGGGUGGGACCCCCAGGGGUCCCGAGUGCUUGGUCUUGGGGGGCCCCCGGGCACCACUGGUUUUCCAACAGUCCCCGGAGUGUCUAACGCUCAGCCAGGGCCGACGACGGUGGCCGGACAAGCCUGAAGCAUCAGUGCCUGCUUGUUGCCCCUGACUUCUCCUCCUGGGAAAGUUCUGGGCAAAAAGAGUUCUGCUGAAACUAAUCCGAUGAGCACUGUCGCGGGGUGAUCAGGGACACGCAAAGAUCAGCUGGGACCAGCAACCCUGUGACACAGAGCUCCGCAGAGGACGGAAUUUGAAAUCUGUAAUCCACAGAAUUAACAUUUUGGUUGUUUUUGUAUACUGUGAAACUUGGAUGUUUAUUUAUAUGGUUAAAUUCUAUUAAAGCUCACGUGCUAAGAUUAAA